CCAUAACCACAAUUUUGGGCUCAUUGAAACGUUGAACGAACCUCAUUUCCCUCCUAAAUUUUCUCUCUCUUCCAAACUUUUUCACUCCUUUGAAAUUCAAUUCGAAGAGAGAGAAACAAAGAGGAGGAGAAAGAGAGAGAUUAACAAUGGAGGGAGAAGAUGACCGCCAUAGCCAGACAGAGAAAAGCUUGAGAAGAGCCAACAAUGGCGGUAAACAAAACAAGAUUAUCGUCUUAACUGGAACCGCUGCAUUUCUCGCUGUCGCUCUUGGUUUCGCAUUUCACGCCUUUAAAUCCUUCAAUCAUCGUCGCAAAGCUAAAGAUCUUGUUGGGUCGAAUGUGAGAGUGAAUUUGUCAGUGAAUGAAAUUCGGAAAUUGGCGGAUCGAAUUAUUGCGGAAUCGAAAGUUGUUUAUGAUGCUCUUGCUUCUGUGCCGGUUGAUAAGGUUAGAUAUCAAGAUAUCAUGGUGCUAGCAGAACUAGAGGCACGGCAUUUUCCAUUGGUCCAGUCUUGUGUUUUCUCAAGGUUAGUAUCGACAUCAGAGGAUGUACGCAAAGCCAGUGCUGAAGCAGAGCUGAAAAUAAAUACACAUAAUGGGUCUUGCAGAAAGCGUGAGGAUGUGUUUAGUGUUGUAAAAGCUUUUGCUGCCAGAGGAGAAUGGAAUAAUGCUGAAGCAAAAUCAUAUGUUCAAUCUCUGGUUAGAGAUUUUGAGCAAAAUGGAUUGAACCUUACUUCAUCAAAGAAAGAGGAAGUUCAACGUUUGCAGGUUCAAAUUGAUAACCUAAGCAUGCAAUAUGUUCAGAAUAUCAAUGAUGAUUGUACUCUCCUUCUCUUCACUGAAUCAGAGCUAGAAGGAUUGCCCUCUGAACUCCUUCAGAUCUUUGACAGGGCUGAUAAUGAUAAAUUCAAGGUUACCAUGAAAAGUAAUCAUGUGCUGCCAAUACUGGAGCUCUGUAAAGUUGGAGCGACUCGGAGGAAGGUAGCUGUGGGAUAUGGGCAAAGAUGUAAAGAAAUUAAUGUGCCCGUGUUAGAGAAUUUGGUUCAAUUGCGCCAUAAAUUUGCUAGAUUGCUUGGUUAUGAUAAUUAUUCAGAAUAUGCUGUUGGUUCUAGGAUGGCGAGAACUUCCUCAAAGGUUUUUGAAUUCUUGGAGGACUUGUCAACGAGUUUAUCUGAUUUGGCUUCCAAAGAACUUGAUGUAUUGAAGGAAUUGAAAGCAAAAGAGGAAGGGGACAAUCCUUUUGGAAUUGAGGACAUGCUCUAUUACGUAAAAAAGUUUGAAGAAGAAAAUUUCCAUCUAGACUUUGGAGCACUUAAAGAGUAUUUUCCUCUUAGCUUAGUUCUGCAGGGGAUUUUCAAAAUACUUCAAGAUGCUUUUGGAUUAAGAUUUCAAGAAAUUUUUGGGGCUGAGGUGUGGCAUGAGGAUAUACGUGUUUUCUCUGUUUUUGAUUUGAGCUCUUGUGAACUUAUGGGCUAUGCAUACCUUGAUCUCUACUCCAGGGAAGGAAAAUAUAGUCAAACUUGUGUUUUGCCUCUUCAAAAUGGUUCAUUAUCAGCAAAUGCUGCUAGACAGGUUCCAGUUGUUCUACUGAUGUCUGAGUUGUCAAAGGAGAAUGAUAAUUCUCCCACAAUACUGCGAUUCUCUGAAGUUGUUAGUCUUUUCCAUGAAUUUGGCCAUGUGGUCCAUCAUAUAUGCAACCGUUCACCACUUGCUCGAUUCUCUGGCUUGCGUGUUGAUCAUGACUUUGUGGAAAUGCCUGGUCAUUUACUUGAGAACUGGUGCUAUGAGAGCAAUAUCUUGAAAUUAAUAUCUGGUUAUUAUCAGGAUAUCACAAGGCAAAUUAAAGAUGAUAUAUCUAUGUCUUUGCAAAGAUGGAGGCAUUCCUUUGCUGCACUUAAAUUGAGGCAGGAAAUUCUUUACUGUCUAUUUGAUCAAAUAAUACAUUCUACUGACAACGUCGACUUCCUUGAGUUAUUCAAGUUUCUCCAUCCCAAGGUGAUGUUGGGAUUACCCAUCUUGGAAGGCACAAACCCGGCUUCGUGUUUUCCACAUUCAGCAAUUGGUUAUGAAGCUAGUUGUUAUAGUCGCAUUUGGAGCAAGGUUUUUGCUGCCGACAUAUUCGCUUCCAAAUUUCAUGAUGGUCUUAACCAUCAUACUGGCAUGCAGUUUCGCAACAAGGUACUGGCUCCAGGGGGGGCGAAGGAUCCACAUGAAUGUUUGUCAAAUUUCAUUGGUAGAGAACCGUCAAUUCAAGCAUUUGUAGAAAGCAUAUCGUAUUCAAGUAUCUGAUGAAGCAGCAGAUAUUUUAGUCAGGUGCAUUCACUUUUUAACUUCAGGGUUCUUAUUUUUUUCCGUUGUAUAAAGAUUCAAGAGCAUGAGGGAACAAAUAACUCAAAUAAUGCAGGGAUUUGAUAUCUGAGGAUCAUCUUUUUUCAGAUUUGGAACAGCCUCUUUUGCAUUUGCCAAGGCUACUAGCUCGUUGCACUUCAAUGCAAAUUGGGUUUUUCUGAUUCGACGACUUUCAUUUUAUUUUGGAGAGGAAAUUUUUGGUAUAAGUCACAAUUUUUUUUUUUUUUUUUUUUUUUUUUUUUUUUUUUGUAAUUGCACUUGUUAUUUUAUUCUUUGAUCACUAUGCUUUUGUAUUUAGUACGAGUACGAGUAAAUUCUUCCACUAAAUUGCAUCAAUGUUUAUCAGAUAAAUUUUCAUCAUAGUCAGGAUUAUGUGUUAAAUAUAAUUGGUCUAUAUUUUUGAGACGUCAUUUGUUGACAGGGUAUUUAUUGCCCCUUCCUCGAUUUUCUUGUCUCCUUGCCUCUUUUAAACUCACCUAUGACUUAUUCAUGGAGAUGGUUGGAGAAUAAGAUUGGGAGAAGAGGAUGACAAAGUAGAGAACAGGGACUAGCAAUGGAGGUUGAUGGACAAAAGUAGUUAGUGAGAGAAAAGUGCGGGAGAGAUUAGAGGAGAAAUAAUACAAUCAUAAAUAAAAGUGUUAUUUAUCACAUUUUAUCCCUUUUUCUCGAUUAGGUAUGAGUUUAGACUAAUUUUAGAAGAUAUAUACAAAAACUACAUCGAAAUAUUAAUCCCAAUAAUGUACAAAAUUUCA